AUGGCGGCAAAUGUUCGAGAUCCGGCAUUCUGGCGGCGGUUUUCAAUGGCGGUCCAUUUGGAUGAAGAGAAGGCAAACAUCUCGGAUACCAGGUCAACUUCAACUACCUCGUCAACGGCACCCUUGAGACAUACGGAAACAUGGCUUGAGCGACAUCGGAGGAAACAGCGUCGAACUCGAAUAAUAGGUUGCAUUAUCGCCCUCGGCUUUAUCGCUGUCAUUGUGGCCGUCGUUAUGGUGCUGCUGUGGUUCGCGAAAGUCGGGCCAUUUAAGGACCAGUCGUCGUGA